CCCUCUCCCCUCCCGUGAGCACGCAACGAAUCGCCGUGGUAAUUACUCGGCCGCGGCGGCCAUUAGAGGGCGCUAAUCACGCCCGGAAUUUAAGACCCCCCGCCUCGGCCUCGCACCCACCUACCUGCGCUGGUGCGUUCUUCUCUUCCCCCCACCAAGCUGCGUGGCCGCACUGCACCGCACCGCGGCGGCGGCGGCAGAGCUGAACAGCGGCCGAGGGAGCGAGCGGGCUUCCCGUGGCGUUUUGUCUGGUUCGGAGCCUGGGGCGGCGGCGGCAGCUCGCGGAGCCCAUGCGGCAGUCUCGGUGUCAGGGUUUGCCAGCAAACUUUUCCCAACUAUGAUGAAUUAGCCACACCAUAAGUGAUGGCGACGGAAGUCAAUCAAACUUACUUUGCAUGGUCACAAGGAGAGUCAACUGAACGGGAUGGUCCUCAAGGAGUAUCGGUAUCCCAGACACUUGAUCAUGGCUCCAUUUCCUUCGGAAGAUUUGAGCUGGAGUCACUAUCGUGGGAGAAGUGGUCUGUAUUUACUAAUGACAGACGCAAUGAAGAAUUUGGAAAGUUCAACGGUUUAGUCGCUCAGAAGAAGGCUUAUUUUGAAGAGUAUUACAAGAAGAUCAGGGAACUAAAGGCUUCACAACAGCAAAACCAGCAAACUGAACUUACGCUGGAAUACAGUGGUGAUGGUAGUGACUCUAGCCAGACAGCAGAAGAUGAGCAGGGUGCUGAUCUUGAAACUCCCACUGGAUCAGGAGCACCUGUGGAUGACUAUGCAGAAGAAGCUCCUCACGAAACUAUGUUGGAUCAUGGACUGCAAUACUACGAUGACCAAGGAAACAAAAUCUGCAAUACAGAAUUUUCCUCGUCUAAUCUUUCUUCAUCGACUGGAAUUCUGCAGCAAACUGACCAUGAUGUUAGAGGAACUGCCCAUGGUGAUAUUUCUGCCAGCAAAAUGGAUAUGGGGCAACAGAACGCGAGUUCUGGUCAUGAUGAUACUAGAACAGCAUAUGAAGCUGCGAGGACUCCUAGAAGAAUUAUUGAGAAAGAUUCCAGGCUCAGACACACUCCAAAGAUAAUACCAAAAUCCAUCAAAAACCUUUCAAAAAGUGCUGUGGAUUACACAUUUGCUAAUGAGAGGCCUGGUUCAGUGAAGCCCAGUACAAGUAUGGACCAGAAGACUAAGCCGGUGCAAAGGCCAAAUGCAGCAGCACCACAGAAGAUGGCUGGCACUCCAGAAAGGAGCAAGCUUACAGGUCUCAGAAGACCUUCCUCAGCAGGUGCGCAACGGCCCUCUACUGGAGAGCGGCGCCCCAUUGCAAAAACGAAUUCAAAGACGCUUGCUGAUGUUUCCACCCCGCAACGACCUUCCACUGCUGAGAGACGCCCAGUCACCCGAGAUCAUGCACAGAAGCAAGCCAAUGUCACAACACCACGCCGACCUUCUACUUCUGAAAGACGUCCCAUCAAAAGAGAAAGUGCAGCAAAGCAUGCUGAUAUUUCCUCUGUACAUCGGCCCUCUACAGGAGAGCGACGCACUAUUACUAGAGAUAUUGUUCUGAAAACAGAUGCGAAGACGCCUAGCAAAGCAAGACCAACUGUGGCUCAUCCAAAGAGUGAAGCAACUACAGUGGCCAAUCCCAAAAAGGCUGUCACUCCAAAUGCUGCUAGAAGUAGCAAGCUGGAAACCAAAAGCAAUAACAACAGACUGAAGGGGCCUUCAGCAUUGGAUAACCAGUCUACUAGGUCUAAAAGAAUGGACUUGCAAGUGUCUGGCAAACAAAGAUCAAGCUCUGUUAACCUUCCUCCAAGGAAAAUUUUCAGUUCCAGUGUUGGAGAACCAGCAGUAGAAACCAUUUCUAGGACAAAAAAGAAAGAGGGCAUUCAGGCGACAGUCCAAUCUCGAGUAUCUACUUCAAAGAGGACAGCCACUUUGCAGACUGGGAACUUAAAGACGAGGGCUCCAAAUCCACCAGCACCACCACCUCCACCACGGCGGCCAUCACGAACUAUGAGCAAACCAACCACCAGUACCUCAUUGACUGGCACAAGAAAGCCAAAGGCUUCAGCACCACAAUGGCACUGAUGCAGUGGAGACCAGAAAGCAUCCAUCCGAUCUAGUGGCCUGCAGAACACGGUGGAUCUGAGCAGCGUUAUUACCAGCCUUCCUUUUGUAUGGUGUAUCUGUAAAUCUGAGUACCUCCGUUGGCCCUUUCUCUUUCUCUCCUUUGCAGAGCAGCUCCAAGUGUAGCCUAGUGUACGUAGUCGCGCGUAUCAUACCCACCGGUGCCUAGCUUAAUCGUCCAAGGAACUUAGAACAGUGUAAAUACCUGGAAAUAAGUUUCCGGUUUUAGCUACAGUAAGUUCAGCCCAAAUUUGUGAACAUCCGUGUAUGCCAUUAGCAAUGGAAGUCCUCCCUUCUCAGCUUAUUUGGCAACUUUGGUGAGCC